AUGUAUUUUUUUCAACAGUCCAAUAAAUCUAACAACGAUGGUUUAAACAGUAGUAAUAGUAGUAAAUGGUUGUCCGUGAAAAUCGAUUCUUCAACUGGUCGUUUUUGUGAGCUUAUUCCUCCAGGCACAUAUCUUAUGUUCGCUGCAGCUGGACCAGAAAAUUCCACUUUUGAUGUUGCUUAUGAGCAGGGUAAACCUAUUUAUGCAUUUAAAAUUGGUCCAAAAUACACAACUUUAGAAUUCAAUACUGAUAAUUUAAAAACAUCUACAACUACUAAUCCAAAUACUAUGAUAGACUCUGAAUUCCUUUUUGAUGUGACCAAUGAUACAUAUCUUUCAAAUAAUUCAAUGAAAUAUAUACCAAAAAUAGCUGUUAUUGGUAAUCUACAUGGUCAUGAUCGACUAACACCUCAAUUAUUAAUUCAUUUUUUAAAUUUUUUAUGUGAUAAUCGUAAUAGUCAAUUAGCUGUACAUAGUUUACUUAAUUCUGCUAUAAUUACUAUUAUUCCAAUACCAAAUCCUGAUGGUUUGUAUAAAGCAUGGAAAGAUUAUUCAAUGCUAUCAUUAUCUACUUGGGAAACAGGUGAAGCGUUAUCAUUUGAUAGAGAUUAUUGUCAUCAUAUUGAAAGCUCUUCCAGUAGCAGUAGAAAAUUAUUGACUGGUUAUACGAAUGAAGCUGGCAUAGAUUUAUGGGAACAAUUGAUUAGUUUAACCGGAAGUAAUUUAACAGCUAGUCAUCAUUGGUGGUGGGAAUCAAAAUCGAAAUUAGAGUUUGCUUACAAAUCACUUGAACCAGAGAAUAUAGCUCUUCUUAAAUGGUUACAGUUGUACCAAGCAAAUUCCAUCAUAAGUUUUCCAACUGACCAACUAUCUGAUAUUAAUUAUGAUACAGAUCCUACUGAAUCUGCUUAUGGUCGUGAUCUUUUAUCGGAAAGUUAUAAUUGGCUACGAUUUCUUGGUAAACUACUCUCUCCUAGCUUUCAUCGUCCAUCUGCCAUGUGUACACUAAUUCAUUCAAUAUCUUCAGAAACAUUUCCAAAAAUUUCUGAUCGACGUCGUAGACCCAGUGAUUUUCGUAUCCAAUAUGUUAAUCCAAAAAAAUCCAUAAAUAAAUUUGCUAAAUCAGCUGCCCUAUCACUUGGUUUAAUUUCUAUGAAUCCAAAAUUAGCUUUAGAAGAAACUGAACAUUUUCAAUUACAGUCAAGUUUAUCAUUUUCACCACCAUUACCAAUCAUGAUACCAUCAAGUAUUGGUUUGACACUUUGUCCGGGUUGUUUUUCUCCUAGUCCAUCAGGUGUUGCACGUAUAUGGGCAGAUUAUAGAUUUCCAAGUUUAAUGGCUGGUUUAAUUGAGCAUACUAGUUUAAUUGGACUAGGAAGUUUAGGAUUGAUAGGUCAUGUUCGUGAUUCAAAUGAUCAACCAAUACCCUGGGUUCGUAUACAUCUGGAUUAUGUUCGUAGUGAAUUGUCUACUGGUUCCAGUGAUCAAAAUGGUCAUUUUAGUAUGAUUUUACCGCCAGGAAAGUAUCGUUUCACAUUACGAGCUCGCGGUUAUUUAGAUCUUAGCGAAAUAAUCAAUGUGGAUAUAUUGAAAAGUCCUAUUUAUCAUGUUUUUUAUAUGAAACAUGUUGGUGGUUUAUCUCCUGCCUACCGUUUAUAUGUAGUUAGUAUGAUUGCUUCAAUAAUUGCAUUAUUUUCAUGUGGUCUAACCAUAUAUCUGUGUUAUCGUUUCUGUUGUUACGCUCGUACACCAUAUGCAAUUGUACGACGUUCUGUUGGUAAAUCAGACAAUACAACAUCCUUAUCAUCAAACAAUCAAAUUAAACGUGGACCAUAUUCACUUCUAGCAGUAGAUGAUGACAUCAAUCAUAUCAGUUCUGAUAACAAUUCGGAUAAUUGCUUAGAAUCCAUGUUAAAACAUAGAAGUGAUGAAGAAUACAAUGCAUAUGAAGACAGUAAUGAUGAUGAUGAUGUUGAUAAUAUGAGUGUGGUGGACAAGGAGGAUCCAGGUGAUCAUGAAAUAGUGGAGUAUGAUGUUAAUAUUCAUCAAGCUAGUAAAAUAACCUCAUUAAUUAAAACAAAACUAUUUAAUAAGCAUAAUAAACGUGUUACUAAUCGUUUACACAAUAAAACUCGUAAAUACAUUCCAAAUUUAUCGAAAUCACCAAACAAUAAUGAUGCAUUUGAAGAAGUACAACUUGUUUAAAAAUAAACAAAAAAAAAACACAACUUACAUAAAUAACUCACAUCGAAUUGUGUUAUGCAUACCUCCUUAUUUUAAUGAAUUAUUGAAUUCAUG